GCAGGCAGCCGUGGACACCAGGUCUGUUCUCAGAGCGAUGGGCCUUGGAGACUGAGCUGCUGCCAUGAUUGGAGGCUUAUUCAUCUAUAAUCACAAGGGGGAGGUGCUCCUCUCCCAGGUCUACCGAGAUGACACCGGGAGGAAUGCAGUGGAUGCCUUUCGGGUCAAUGUUAUCCACGCCUGGCAGCAGGUGUGCAGCCCCAUCACCAACAUCGCUCGCACCAGUUUCUUCCAUGUUAACCGGUCCAACAUCUGGUUGGCAGCUGUCACCAAGCAGAAUGUCAAUGCUGCCAUGGUCUUCGAAUUCCUCUAUAAGAUGUAUGAUGUAAUGGCUGCCUACUUUGGCAAGAUCAGUGAGGAGAACAUCAAGAACAAUUUUGGGCUCAUAUAUGAGCUGCUGGAUGAGAAUCUGGACUUUGGCUAUCCACAGAAUUCAGAGACAGGAGCACUGAAAAUCUUCAUCACUCAGCAGGGUAUCAAGAGCCAGCAUCAGACAAAAGAGCAAUCCCAGAUCACCAGCCAGGUGACUGGGCAGAUUGGCUGGCAGCGGGAGGGCAUCAAGUAUCGCCGGAAUGAGCUCUUCUUGGAUGUGCUGGAAAGUGUGAACCUCCUCAUGUCCCCACAGGGGCAGGUGCUAAGUGCCCAUGUGUCAGGCCGGGUGGUGAUGAAGAGCUACCUGAGUGGCAUGCCUGAAUGCAAGUUUGGGAUGAAUGACAAGAUUGUCAUUGAGAAACAAGGCAAAGUCACAGCUGAUGAAACAAGCAAGAGCGGAAAGCAAUCAAUUGCCAUCGAUGACUGCACCUUCCACCAGUGUGUGCGACUCAGCAAGUUUGACUCUGAACGCAGCAUCAGCUUCAUCCCACCAGAUGGAGAGUUUGAGCUAAUAAGGUAUUGCACCCCCAAGGACAUCAUCCUUCCUUUCCGGGUGAUCCCACUAGUGCGAGAACUGGGACACACCAAGCUGGAGGUCAAGGUGGUCAUCAAAUCCAAUUUCAAACCUUCUUUACUGGUUCAGAAGAUUGAGGUGAGGAUCCCAACUCUACUGAAUACAAGCGGGGUACAGGUGAUCUGCAUGAAGGGGAAGGCCAAGUGCAAGGCCAGCGAGAACGCCAUCGUGUAGAAGAUAAAGCGCAUGGCAGGCUUGAAGGAAUUGCAGAUCAACGCAGAGAUUGAACUUCUGCCCGCCAAUGACAAGAAGAAAUGGGCUCGACCCCCCAUUUCCAUGAACUUUGAGGUGCCAUUCGCACUCUCUGGCCUCAAGGUGCGCUACUUGAAGGUGUUUGAACCGAAGCUGAACUACAGCUACCAUGAUGUCAUCAAAUGGGUGCACUACAUUGGCCACAGCGGCAUUUAUGAGACCCGCUGCUAGCUGCCUAGUAGCAGUGAGCCUGCCUCCCUACCCGCCCUUUUCCACAGGUCUGGGUGCCCUGGGCCACCACACUUCAGUGUCUCCUACCUCCUGCUUUGCUGCCUUCCCUUUGCACCAGCCCUUGAGU